UACAACACUACUGAAAUGGAGGUAACAUAUACUGAACUGCGUCAGCUCGUCGAAAAUGGAGAGAGGAUACGCUGGUGCGGAACACCAGUAGACGGUCGUGUAUCUGUACAGUUGAUCAAAAAUGACACUGCGCGGUUUGUGACGAUAGACGUCGACAAGGUAUUCGACGAUUGGAAGUGCGUAGGAGUGAUAAGAAAUGGAGAGGCUAUAAACCCCAUGGAGAAUACUGGCUAUGCACCACACAACCGAGACAUAUUUGCCACAAUGCGGAAAGCGUCAGUACUUGGCAUAAAUAUAUCCGGAGAUUGCAUGACACAAUGUGGCAAAGAAUAUGUUCCUAUCAGCGGCUGUACAUGUGGCUAUGAUAUUGAACUAGAUUUAAGAUCAGAAGAGAGAGGUGGGUUCCCAUUACCAACGGUUCCUAUACUGUCGGUGGCACUAUGGUGCACAUGUGGCUUCAGAAAAUUUAUAUCUACUCUUGACAUACCUAGAGACGAUUGUAUACGGGUAUAUAAGAACACUGAUUUUGUAAAGGUUACGAUAGACCUAAUUAAAGAUCAUAUGCCGCUAUGGCUCGUCGGAUGGAACUGCUACUCCUUCGACAACACGUGCUUGGUAUGCAACGCCGGAGAUGAAUAUCUGAAAUAUUUUAACAAAGUCAAGAUUGGUAGUGCUUCUGGUAUCGACUACGGCUAUAUUUUAGAUAUACCAGGCGUGUAUAACGUAGAUCCACUUGGUUAUAUGCAACGCAACCCAUCGUACGCUGACGAGUUCAAGGAUCUAAGUUUGCAAGGAGUUUCAUCUGUUAUAAACGAUCGUCAGAAAACUGAAAUGCCAGACCUAUAUAAAGUGUUAUCUCCAAUUGAAAUCAUGGAAUACAAUAUGAACGAUUCUGCGCUAGCUGCCGAUGCAUGGAUUAAAGUGUCACUAAUAGACGAGAUUCCAAGUUUAUCGUUAGUAUCAUGCGCGCCGAUAUAUGAUUGUGUGCGCCACAUGACAAGCGUCGAGGCUAGGUGCCCGUUGACGUCAGAGGCGAUGUCGCGCAGCCUCAUGAUAGACUGGUCAGCCCCAGAGCCUAUGGAAAAGUAUGAAGGUGGACGAGUGUUCGAGCCAAUAAAGGGAAUCCACGAUGAAGUCGUUGUAUGCGACUUCUCAGCAAUGUAUCCAACGAUCAUGAUAGAUGGCCGUAUAUCACCAGAGACAGUAGUUGUAGAACCACCUGACGAUCACGAAUACGGCGACAUGUGGUACUGUGAUAAUUAUAUACGUGUUCGACUAGAGGAUUGUAUAGGUCGAUUUCCGCGCACCGGAUCCUGCAUACAGCGCGAUAUACUAAUGAAAUUUUCUAAGAUUCGAAAUGCAAAUAAGGCUACUAACCCUAAAUACGCGAAAACGGUUAAGAUAUCAUCGAAUGCAGUUUAUGGUACGAUAGGCUACCAAAAUUCUCCUAUGUAUAGCCCUGUGUGCUCGAGCUCAGUUACCGCGAUUGGAAGAUUGUGCUUAGAAAGAGCGAGAGACGUGUUUGAAAGUAACGGCCUCAAAGUGAUAUACGGAGAUACAGAUUCGUGCUUUGUCGCAGCAACAGCAGUUACAACAAUGAAAUUUAACGGCGAUGUCAUAGAGCAUGCGCAGUUUUGUUUAGACAAGUUACAUGAAUUGCUAGCAACGACUCCGUUUUUCUCAAUGCGGAUGGCACUCGAGUGUAGGUACAAACGCGUCCUUCUUCUAGAGAAAAAGAAAUAUUGCGCAUUAAUGGACAACGAUAAAAUAAAGUAUAAAGGAAUGUCGAUUGUAAGACGAGACACUCUAGGCAUCUGCAAGUUCGCAUGCGAGGCUGUUUGCAGCGCACUUUUACGCUCAGGGAGUAUUACUGCAGCUAAUGAACUGAUUGCUCAGAUAAUUGCAAAUAUUGUGUAUAGCGCAAUAUACAACAAACUUAGUCAUAAUGACGUAUCAAAGGUGGCAAAACGAGACCAGAAACGGUCUUAUGUAUACAUGGGAAGCGAUAACAAGGAGAGGGUAGUUCCGAUCGACAUGUCGUCUAACGUCGUUACUGACUACAGCAAGACAUACGUACUCAAUUCAGUUAAGCAUGAGAUUUUAAGAAUAACAUCACCAUGCGGAUUGGGAUCUAUAUCGGAAAUAAUGAACCGCUCCUCACUCUUAUUUUAGGCAAAGAUUGUCGAAAUUUCCCAUGAAAACCGACGAGGUGUUAGUGCACGGCUCUUCUAAAACUCCCUCAAAACUUGGCAUUGCUGUAUAAUCCGUGGCCAGCAGA